GGAAGAAAGCAUUGGCCCAGGGUUCUCAGUCAGGAAUCAACUCCUUGUCUUUGGAUGUGUCCAUGUGUAGUCUGUGCACCUGUGUGUGUGUGUUUCAGGGGCGGGGAGCAGUGAAUUUAAUCCGAUUCUCAAAAGAGUCUAAGACUCCAAAUGGUUAGGUACAGGGGCUUAGUGGUGGACAGUCUGAAAGAAAUGAACCUGACCUGGUCGUCUCUGCCACACCAUGUCACCACACACCGAUUUCACUACUGUGUGUGCCCCUUGCUGUGCACGUUUUGAAGUGUUUAUUUUCUUUACCAGACUGCCAGAUGGCACUAUGCCCUCUGUUGGUCUGGCUUUCGCUGCCCUGGCGGCUGUGAUUGUUUCUGUUUUUUUUUUUUUGAGACGGAGUUUCGCUCUUGUUGCCCAGGCUGGAGUGCAGUGGCGCAGUCUCAGCUCACUGUAACCUCUGCCUCCCAGGUUCAAACGAUUCUCCUGCCUCAGCCUCCUGAGCAGCUCUGAUUACAGGCACCCACCACCACACCUGGCUAAUUUUUAUGUUUUUAGUAGAGUCGGGGUUUUACCAUGUUGACCAGGCUGGUGUCGAACUCUUGACCUCAGGUGACCGCUCCCCCCACCCCGCCUUGGCCUCCCAAAGUGCCAGGCUUACAGGUGUGUUUUUUUGUUUUUUAAGAGAAUGAGUCUCAUUAUGUUGCCCAGGCUGGCAUCGAACUCCUAGGCUCAGGUGAUCCUUCUGCCUCAGCCUCCCCAGAAACUGGAUCACUGUGGUGAUUUUAAUUUAAUUCAGUGGUGUGUAAGAAAACCAGCUUGCCAGGCAAGCACAGAUGGGGCAGCUUUUGUUCUGAGUUGGACAUAAAUUCGUGCCCUUAACUGAACUGGGGUCUGGCUAUUUUUGAAACACGACCAGUGUCCAGUUCUAACCCAUGACAUGGUCUUUUUGGAGUAGCAUGAACUCAGGAGAAAUUUGGCUGCAUAGUCAAGCCCUCACCCCUUCCAUCCUGCACACAAACCUUUUCAAGUAACAGAUGUUCCAGGCAAAGCCAGCCAGCACGAGCAGUUCCUUCUUGGGAGGGUGAUCUGGUAUCCCUGAACGCCUGUUGGCCUCAUCUCCACCAACCCCUGCAGUCUCUGCCCCUCCUUCCCCCUCCUUCCUCCUCCUUCCCCCUGCCUUCCCCUACUAGAACGCAGCCCUCCCUUCUUGCCUGGAAGCCUUACUCCACCCCCUUUUGCUGGCUCAGAGCUCAAGCUUCUUCCUUUGUCACAGCUCCGCCCAGUUGAACACACCCGCUGGGGAAGGUGCCUCUGUUCCCUCCCCACUCACUGUGGGCCUGAGCUGGCAGAGAUGGACCAUCGAAAAGCCAGGGUCCUCCCAGCUGGGCACUACUGCCCCUCGCUAGGAAUACGGGCCUCGCAGGCCGGCAGCGUGAGGUUCUCUGUGCCACCUUCUAUCAGCAGGAACCCAGCAAUGGUGAACGAAGCCAGAGGAAACGGCAGCCUGAACCCCUGCUUGGAGGGGAAUGCCAGCAGUGGCAGCGAGAGCUCCAAAGACAGUUCGAGAUGUUCCACCCCGGGCCUGGACCCUGAUCGGCAUGAGAGACUCCGGGAGAAGAUGAGGCGGCGCAUGGAAUCUGGUGACAAGUGGUUCUCCUUGGAAUUCUUCCCUCCUCGAACUGCUGAGGGAGCUGUCAACCUCAUCUCAAGGUUUGACCGGAUGGCGGCAGGCGGCCCCCUCUUCAUAGAUGUGACCUGGCAUCCAGCAGGUGACCCUGGCUCAGACAAGGAGACCUCCUCCAUGAUGAUCGCCAGCACCGCUGUGAACUACUGUGGCCUGGAGACCAUCCUGCACAUGACCUGCUGCCAUCAGCGCCUGGAGGAGAUCACGGGCCAUCUGCACAAAGCCAAGCAGCUGGGCCUGAAGAACAUCUUGGCGCUGCGGGGAGACCCCACAGGUGACCAGUGGGAAGAGGAGGAGGGAGGCUUCAACCACGCGGUGGACCUGGUGAAGCACAUCCGAAGUGAGUUUGGUGACUACUUUGACAUCUGUGUGGCAGGGUACCCCAAAGGCCACCCUGAUGCAGAGAGCUUUGAGGCUGACGUGAAGCACUUGAAGGAGAAGGUGUCUGCCGGAGCCGAUUUCGUCAUCACGCAGCUUUUCUUUGAGGCUGACACAUUCUUCCACUUUGUGAAGGCGUGCACUGACAUAGGCAUCACUUGCCCUAUCCUCCCUGGGAUCUUUCCCAUCCAGGGCUACCACUCCCUUAGGCAGCUUGUGAAGCUGUCCAAGCUGGAGUUGCCACAGGAAAUUAAGGACGUGAUCGAGCCCAUCAAAGACAAUGAUGCUGCCAUUCGCAACUAUGGCAUCGAGCUGGCCGUGAGCCUGUGCCGGGAGCUUCUGGCCAGCAGCUUGGUGCCAGGCCUCCACUUCUACACCCUCAACCGCGAGGUGGCCACCACAGAGGUGCUGAAGCGCCUGGGCCUGUGGACUGAGGACCCCAGGCGUCCCCUGCCCUGGGCUCUCAGCGCCCACCCCAAGCGCCGAGAGGAAGAUGUACGUCCCAUCUUCUGGGCCUCCAGACCAAAGAGUUAUAUCUACCGCACCCAGGAAUGGGAUGAGUUCCCCAACGGCCGCUGGGGCAAUUCCUCCUCCCCUGCCUUUGGGGAGCUGAAGAACUACUACCUCUUCUACCUGAAGAGCAAGUCUCCCAGGGAGGAGCUGCUGAAGAUGUGGGGGGAGGAGCUGCCCAGUGAAGAAAGCGUCUUCGAAGUCUUUGUACACUACCUCUCUGGAGAGCCAAACCGGAAUGGCCACAAAGUGACUUGCCUGCCCUGGAACGAUGAGCCACUGGCGGCCGAGACCAGCCUGCUGAAGGAGGAGCUGCUGCGGGUGAACCGGCAGGGCGUCCUCACCAUCAACUCGCAGCCCAACAUCAACGGGAAGCCGUCCUCCGACCCCAUCGUGGGCUGGGGCCCCAGCGGGGGCUAUGUCUUCCAGAAGGCCUACUUAGAGUUCUUCACUUCCCGUGAGACAGCGGAAGCGCUUCUACAGGUGCUGAAGAAGUACGAGCUCCGGGUUAAUUACCACCUUGUCAAUGUGAAGGGUGAAAACAUCACCAACGCCCCUGAGCUACAGCCGAACGCGGUCACUUGGGGCAUCUUUCCUGGGCGAGAGAUCAUCCAGCCCACCGUAGUGGAUCCUGUCAGUUUCAUGUUCUGGAAGGACGAGGCCUUCGCCCUGUGGAUCGAGCAGUGGGGCAAGCUGUAUGAGGAGGGGUCCCCAUCCCGCGCGAUCAUCCAGUACAUCCACGACAACUACUUCCUGGUCAACCUGGUGGACAAUGACUUCCCACUGGACAACUGCCUGUGGCAGGUAGUGGAAGACACACUGGAGCUUCUCAACAGGCCCACCCAGAAUGAGAGGGAGGCGGAGACUCUGUGACCCUGCAUCCUGACGCCCUGCGCUGGAGCCACUCCUGUCCCACCUGCCUCCUCUACAGGGCUGCUUCUCUUGGGAACCCACUUCCCUGCAUGUCUCCCAACACCUGGCCUCCACUCCCCCACCUGACGAGCGCAGCUGGACUGGAGUGAGGCUUCCAGGAUCUGGCUGGACCAGAGUCGGCCUCACAUGGGACCCUGGUAUUCCCUGCUCUAGUUGGGAGUCUGUGUUCUUUGGAUGGGAACACUUCUGUCCUGCAGAGGACCACAGUGGGUGGCACCCCCUGAGAAGGGGAGGAGAAUGGUUGUUGCCAGCCAAGCCCUCAAACCAAGGCAGCCUCCAGAGCCAGCCUGGGACUCCCAGUGAACUUACGUGGGGUGGCGCAGUGCAGGCAAAACAUACACGGGCACCAGGUGUUGGGAGCAUAGUAGAGAAGAUGUGGCAAAGGGCUGCAUGCUUCAACCUCCUAGAGGUGGGCAGCUGGGCCCCACCUACUUGUGACUGAAGGGGCACACCACUGCCCUGCCUGCCUGCUUAGCCGUCUCUGGCACCAGCCCCCUGGAUGGGUGUUGGGCUGACACCUAAUGAUGUAGGCAUUUCUUGCUGCAUUCUAAGAGCUCAGCUGGGUUCCUCUCGUUCCUACCAUGCUGCUUUUUGGCACAGUUGUCUAUUCUGAGCCUUGAGAGAAAAAGUACCCCUUAAGGGUUGAAGGCAGUCAACCUUGUGCUCGGUGGGGGCCGUGGCCUUCCUGUUCUCCCUGGCUGUGGAGGCCUAAUGCUGCCCUGUUUGCUAUCAAAGGCCAGGAUGAGAUUCUCCAGCACAGGGGCCCCAGAUCUGCCUGGGGCUGUGCAGCAGCCCGGCUUCCUGGCUUAUUUUUCAGGUAAGCCCUCUUCCUGCCAGCUGCCCUUGCCAUCCCCUCGUCCUGUCCCAGAGGCUGUCUGCCUGGCACGGCUCCCCAGGAGUCCUGCAAGCCCCAUGGCCCGCGGGCAGUGACUGCCAGGUGCAGAUGGGCUGUUCCCUGUCUUGGAUCCCAGCAUGCCCAGUGGAGUGGGGUGGUCCAGAGCAGCCUGAUGGCAGAGGGGGUGGGCACAGUUGGGGGACUCCCUUCUUGGCCUCACUGCCUGGGGCAGAGGGGCAGCCGCUAGGAGAGAGAGAAGGCUGGGUGCUUUUUAUUAUGCCUCUGCUUUUUAUUCUAUGGGAACAAGUAACAGCUGCAGCUGGGCCCUGUGCUCUGCCCAAGCCCCCAACCCCACGGGACUCCGGCGGCUUCCUGUCUGCUCUCAGGGCGUUAUGACCUGGCUUGCUCCAGGGUCUCGGGCUGCUGGCAUGUCCCCUCCUUGGGCUCCUGGCUGCCAGGUGCUGGUGCCACUUCUCAAAGGCCUGGAAGUGGGGAGGGGAGGAAGUGCUGCUGUUGUGGGUUCCCUCCAGGAUCUGUGCUCUGCCUGUUAGAGCAUCCCCUGUGCCCAGCUCCUUUUGUCCCCAGGGCCCCUCCCUCUUCCUCAAGCAGCCAGGCAGUCUUGCCCAGGCCAAAUGCACAAGCUCAGAAUAGAUCUGAUUGUGACAUGGGAAGCUGUGCUCAGAGUGGAACAAAUGAGGGAGGGGCACUCAGGACCCAGUGUGGGUGGCAGCUAUGCCUCAUGCCAAGCCUUCUUCCCAAACUGAGGGACCGGGUGAGGCUGGCCUGAGCUGGGGCCACAAGUCAAAUCAAGGGCUACAGCAUUCAGCCUGUGUGUUCUGUAAUGGAACUGACCCCUCCCCCUGAAAAUGAAGGGGCCCUGGGGCUGGCAAACAGGGAGACAUGCGUUGGUGGCACAGGCCUUUGGGAGGGCUGGCUGGGUGGAGUGAAGAAGGCAGUACCUGGGAAAGGACCCAGCCAUCUUCUUGCCACUGUAACCGCUAAGCCACUCCCAGUCACAGUAUCCGCUGCUGUCAUGUCCACCAGGCCCAUCUCAGGUGCCACUCCCUGAGCUGUGGGGAUAGUUGGUAGAGAAGACCUCUUGUGCCCAUGCUCCCCCACAGUCCCUAGCCCUUCUGCCUUUCUCCUCCUGCACCUCUGUGGUCCCAGAGUAAAAGGCUGUGACAAGGGGGUAUCAUCUGAGGACUAUUCACAAUGCAGAUUCUGGGGCCUGUCCCCCAGGGUUUCGGAGUCAGUAGGUCAAAGGCCAUACUUUGAGAGACUGUCUCUAGGGUUUAGGGCUGAGUAUGAGGUGAAACGGGAGAUGGUAAGUGUGGAGAGGGGCUGCACCUGCUCACCAGGGUCCGUGUCAGUUGCUCUGCCCCCUGGGCAUCUACCCAGUGCUGCCAUCCCACUGUCAGGCACCUGACCUGCUGGGAACCCUGCAGCCCACAAAGCAGUGCCUCAAGGUACCAGUGCCUCAGAUACUUCCUCCUGAAAGCCAAGAGCAUCGUGACCCUUCAGGGCCAGAAGGGCAGAGCCCUGGACCUGGGCCGCUCCUCCAGGAUCCUGCAGAAAUGAGCACUGGCCAGAGGGUCCAGCUCCAGCCCUGGCUCAGGCAAGCCCCUUGGCCCCUGCCCCCAACCCUCGGACCCCCCAAACUGCACACACACAGCUCCUCUCACCCCAGCCUUCUUUUAUGGGCCUCGCCUUGGGCUUUGAGGGGGUGGGGCUCAGGGCUGGGGUGCCGUCUUAGUCCCUGGUCCCUCGUCCACGGGGGCAGUUCUGGGACUGAGCUAUUCUGUCCAGGCCACUGCAGCCAGAGUUGAGUCGAAAGAGGUUACUGUGGGUCCAGGAAGGCAGCUGCCCUCAGUGCCAGCCUGGGAGUUGAGUACAGUGUGAAGGGCGGAGGAGGCGCUGAGCUCAGCCUCGUGCCCUGCCCCGGAUCUCCCCAGGCCUCCAGCUGCUCUGGGCUGCUGUCCAAAGGGAAAUCAUGGGGGCGGGGCAGGAAUGUGAAGUGUUUUCUCAGAACAGCUGAAACAUUCCCGAGAGGGAAUGGAUGAGGAAAACAGUCAAUACAUGUAAGGCUGUGUCCCAAGGAGCUGAUUUCCAGGCCCUUGAGGAAUGGAGACCAACCACUUUGUCCCUGUGCUUCAGGCACCAUCCAUCCCACCACUUUACCCCCUGCGCUUCAGACACUGCCCAUCCCACUGCUUCACCCCUGUACUUCAGACAUGGUUUGUCCCCAGAGACAAGGUCUCCUUAAGGCCCAGGCCGUUCUUGGCUUCCUCUGUCCACCCAGGCUGCAGUGCAGUUAUGGCCCAGGCAGCACUGGCUCUGUGGCCUGCGUCCAGCAGCUGCGGGUCUGAAGGAACAGCCAGAGAGCAACACCUGAACCCCAUGGGCUUGGACUUCCUGGGGCCCCGCUGGGAUUUCUUUGCUGCUCUGGCUGGCAGGACACAUCCUGCCUUUUAUUCCACCCACUCCCCCAUGUGGCUGAAGACAUUAAACAGUGGGGUGGGACCAUAAUAGCUGCCCGUUGGUACCUGGAAUACAGCCCUGGGAAGUGAGUGUUUCUCUCCUCACUUAAGACUGUUUGAAGCUGAGUUACUUAUCUGAGGCCUUACCCCUCAGAAGUGGUCCAGAGCCCCCAGCUAGUACUCUGUACAGAGAAGGGGCUCUCCAAGGGGGCUGUUGGGGCAUGUGUGCCUGUGGCAGAAAAGAGGGGUCCUGGAAUUAAGCACCCCAGGUGCCAUUCUCAGCAUUUAGUUUUUAGAAGCCUCAGUUUCUCCAUCAAUAUGUGAGAUUCUUGUCUUUACUGACAAGAAUGGAAUAAAAGUACUCGGAAAAGCAUUUGCCCUGUAACUUAUCUAGAAAGAAAAUACCCUGAGAGCCCAGAAUCUGCUGUUGCCUUUGCUGCAUGUGUGAAUUCUGCAACUAGCCAAGGCUACUCCCUUUCAAUUCCACUUAAAAAACAGAAACCAGGGCCAGGCGCGAUGGCUCACGCCUAUAAUCCCAGCACUUUGGAAGGCCAAGGCGGGUGGAUCACAAGGUCAAGAGAUCGAGACCAUCCUGGUUAACAUGGUGAAACCCCAUCUCUACUAAAAAUACAAAAAUUAGCUGGGCAUGGUGGCGUGUGUCUGUAAUCCCAGCUACUCAGGAGGCUGAGGCAGGAGAAUUGCUUGAACCCAGGAGGCAGAGAUUGUGCCAUUGCACUCCAGCCUGGGUAACAAGAGUGAAACUCCAUCUCAAAAAAAAAAAAAAAAAAAAAAAAAAAGCAAGCAUGGUGGCUCAUGGCGGUAUGGGCCUGCCCAACACUUGGGAAGGUAAGGAUGGGCAGAUUGCUUGAGCCCAGGAGUUCAAGACCAGCCUCAGCAACAUAGUGAGACCCCACUUCUACAAAAAAAAAUUAGCUGGGUGUGGUGGCAGACCCCUGUAGUCUCAGCUACUCAGGAGGCUGAGGUGGAAGGAUCCCUUGAGCCCUGGAGGUUGAGGCUGCAGUGAGCUGUGAUUGCACCGCUGCACUCUGGCCUUGGAGACAGUGAGAGACACUGUCUGAAAACAAAAAAUGACCAAAAAAAAAAAAAUCACUUUAGCUUUUUUUCUUGGAAUCUUUUCUAAAAUGUAUUCUUUGUGGCAUUCUGAAAUAGGAUUCAUGAUGAUCUGAGGGACACUACCUUGCCUGCCAGUAUCUCUGGGCUGUGUCCUUCAAGGACAUGUCCCCAGACUUCUGUGCAGGGUCAUUUUUUUGUGCUUGGCUUUUGUGGAGGCUUCUUCCUUCUUGCUAGGCCAUCAACCUUUUAUAACCAUUUGUUGGUGUCCGAACUAAUUCCUUCUGGUCUAGAGAGGGACUGAUGGAUGCCUUUGGGUAGAGAGAAUUAGGAAAGAAAUUUUGAUAUUUUGAUAUUUUUCUACUUUAUAUUUUCUGAUUUUUCUGUAAUGAGCAUAUUUCACUUUUCUAAUAAGAAAAACAAAAACUUGGCCAGGUGCAGUGGCUCACACCUGUAAUCUCAGCACUUUGGGAGGUCGAGGUGGGAAGAUCACUUGAGGUCAGGAGUUUGAGACCAGCUUGGACAACAUGGUGAAACCCCAUCUACUAAAAAUAUAAAAAUUAGCCAGGCAUGGUGGUGCACACCUGUAGUGCCAGCUAUUCAGGAGGCUGAGGCGGGAGAAUUGCUUGAACCCACGAGGCAGAGGUUGCAGUGAGCCAAGAUUCAGUGAGCCACUGCUUCAGCCUGGUCAACUGAGCCAGACUUUGUCUCAAAAAUAAACAAAAAAACUUGCGACCA